AUGAAAGCCUGGGACGGAGGGCUGCUUCAGCACCCUAAACGCAAGAGACACGACGAAUGCACUAGCCACGGCGAAGAGCCACCCGAAGAGCCGCGACUCACAGAGCCUGAAGGACAUCAGUUGAAUGGACACCUCGAUCUUACCAAGCUGCACUCCUUGUCUCUACUACUGUCUCAACUGAAGCUACGACUGCCAGAGGUGGAUGAUUACACUCUCAACGAAUUUGCACAGACACAAUUGAAGAAGAAUACCCUCUCCCUGGCACGCGUCCGUCUGGCCAACGCGCAUGCACAAAGUGGUGACUCGGAUGCUUUCGAAGACAUCAGGAGUCUUGAGAUCACCGUGCCGCUCACAAGGGACACGUGGUUCGAGUGGGUCAGACAGCUGAAGCGUAUAGUCAGCCUAAUCAACUACGCCGAAGAUCUGCUUUUCACUCAAGAAGACUUCGAGUACACACCUUUUCUCAGAAAGCUGGAUGACAAACUCUACACCACCAUCAGCUACUUCAUCCAGAAGACUGGAACCCGACGUGACGAGAUCGACUAUUGUCUCAUGAGCAACGACGCGUGGCACAGUGGACGCAGCUUUCUGCGAGACCUUGAGUCUCAGCUUCGUCCUGCCGGUUUCUGGGAGGAGGUCCUCACUCUUUACAAACUCAACAGAGUAGCCUUGACCUAUACGAAUGUCGAUGCCACCAUCCGAGACAUUGAGCGAUAUGCACGCCACCUCGCGGACAUCGGUUCCCCCAUUCCGGAGACGCAGAAGUGUGCCAUUCUGCUCUGUACCACUCGAGGUCAAGAAUGGUUCGAUGGGGCAUGGACCUCACUGAUGAAUACAAAGUCUUGCAAGAAUUGGGAAAGCGUACAUAGGGUCCUCCACUUUGCGCAGAGUGCUCAACAGACCUCGCACCCCUGA